AUGGCUAACAAACUGAAUGAGAAUGUUGAGACGUUGGAGCCGCUUAUCCGCUCUCCAAUGGUCGAUUAUGUGAGUAUUGUCAACACGAGACAAGGUAAGAUUAUACAUUUUUUGUGACUUUGGUGUUUAGGUGACCAUUGUGGAUUCUUUGAGGCCAACUUUUUCAAAUGUAUGGAGGCGUUUGGGUCCAAAAUGGGAAGGAAGUACUGUGAUUUGGAACAUCGUGACUUCCGUGAAUGUCUUCACGAAGAGAAACAGGUAUGUUUACUAUAAAGCGAGCAUGUUUUUAAUAACAUUCAAGGUUUAUUGGUUUGAUUUCAGAGUUGAUUAAAGGUAAUGAUGGUGUACAUGGUUUUGUUGAUAAGUUUUUUGAAAUGAAGGGUAUACACAUGAAAUUUGGGGGAAUUAUAGGAUACUGAUUAGGUUAACUAUUAGGUUUAAAUUUAUCUUUGAUUUGGAAGUUUAUUUUCAAAUUACAUUAAUUAACCGUACAACUCGCUAAUACCCAAAUUUUUUACUCCAGGCUAAACGGUAUCACGCUAUUCAAGCUGAAUGGGAGAAGAAAUACAGGGAAGGAAAGAUUGACAAGAAGUUCAGCGAUCAUGUCCAAGUUGGCGACUGGAAACCGGACUACUUUUCUUGGAACCGUAUUUGGUAG